AUGGAGGAAUUUGAGAAGAGUCUGGGAAUCGGUGGUAGCAAUUCAAAUGAGAAGCCGUCGACUACGGGGACAGAAUCCGAUGGGAAAAAUAAUUCUUCAGCGAAUUCGGGAAGCCGAAGUGAUGGGAAAGCGGAAGAUUCGAAAUCGCACGGCGAGGAUGCUGAAGAGGAGGUCGAGGAGAAAGAGACGGUCCAGAUGCUCGCUGACGGAGAUGCGGACGGGAUUCCGAUUCUGAUUGGCGUGAAGGAGCCGAAGAAAGAAUCUAAGAGUAAGAAAGCUGAGGAGGAAUCAAAGAAGGCAUCCGGGGAAGGCGGGGGGAAAGACGACAAGGAGAAGGAGAAGGGGAAGGGUAAGGGUGAGGAGAAGCGAGAGGAGAAGGGAAAAUCCGGAGGAAAGGAGGGAGACGUGGGAGCAGGGACAGGAGACCGGAAAGCAGGGAAGGAGAGCGCGAGUGCGGCGGAUGAUAACCCGGAUCAAUACGAAGGGGAGGAGGGCGAUGGCGCGCAGAAGAAGGCGAAAGGCGGCGGGAGAAAAGGAGGCAAAGGCGAGAACGUGGGCGAAAUGAUGGAGAAGAUUCUAGAAAGACUGGAUGACAUGGAAGGCGAGGGGGGGAAGUUCAACGAAACCCUAGAAAAGCAGGAGGCGGUUCUGGAGACAGUGGCGCGGGUGGGGAAGCACCACGUUCACGAGAAGGAGGAGAAAGAGCGCGAGGAGCGAGAGAAGCAAGAGCAGGAGGAGGCGGAGAGGGAAGCGGAGCUGAAGGCGAAGCAGGAGGCGGAAGCAGCUGCUGCUGCGGCAAAGAACAGCUGGGACGGAGGGGUGACUGGUGGUGGAGAGCGGUCGUUUUUCGAUAUUCUCCUGGGGAUAGAUGCUGUGCCGCCACCUCCGCCCCCGCCGCGCCCCACCCCUAAGAACGUCACUAAAGCGUCAGCUAGAAACGAGACCAAGAAAGAGCAGGAGGCGGAGCAGGAGGACGAGAAGGACGUUCCUAGGCUCAUAGACUCCCAGGAUAACGAAUACGUUAUAAGCAGCCCCGGUAAGGGGUCGAAGAUGCAGCUACAGGAGGAUUUCACCCUCAUUUCGGACAUUGUGAAGGUGAUAGUGGCGGCGGCGCUGGGCGGGCUGGCGUGUGGGCUGAUGGGGCAGCCCAUCAUCCUGGGAUACAUCGUUGCUGGCAUGGCCAUCGGCCCGGGCGGGCUGGGGCUCAUUCACGAGCUAGUACAGGUAAGUAGGGUUACCACAUGUGGUGUUACAGGGCGGUGGGUGCUAGGAGGCCUGGCGUGUGGGCUGAUGGGGCAGCCAAUCAUCCUGGGAUACAUUGUCGCUGGCAUGGCCAUCGGCCCGGGCAGGCUGGGCCUUAUCCACGAGCUCGUGCAGGUGGAAACCCUAGCGCAGUUCAGGGUGGUGUUCCUGCUCUUCGCCCUGGGGGUGGAGUUCAGUCUCGCCAAGGUGGAAACUUUAGCCCAGUUCGGAGUGGUGUUUCUGCUGUUCGCCCUGGGGGUCGAGUUCAGCCUCGCCAAGAUGCAGGGGGUGCACAACGUGGCGCUGGGCGGCGGAGUGCUGCAGAUCGCAAUUGCCAUGAUUCUGGGCGGCAUCUUCAGCUCCAACACGCCGCAGGGGCUCUUCAUAGGCGGUUUCCUAUCAAUGUCAUCUACAGCCGUGGUGCUCAAGUGCCUGGUGGACAUCAACGGCUUCAACUCUGAGCACGGCCAGAUCAUGCUCGGCACGCUCAUUGCACAGGACUGCGCCCUCGGGCUCCUCCUCGCAAUAAUGCCGGCGCUCGCCGCCCGCCCUGCAUCGGCCUCGGCCAUCCUACUGGCCCUGGUGCGCGAGCUGCUCAUCCUGCUCGCCUUCUGCCUCGUUGCCUGGGCGCUCUCCCGCCUGCUCGUCCCGCGCUUCCUGCGCCUGCUCGUGCGCGUGUCAAGGGGCAACAACGAGCUGUACCAGCUGGGCAUCAUGGGCAACUGCCUCUGUGUGGCUCUGCUCUCCGAGUAUCUUGGGCUGUCGCUAGAGGUCGGGGCGUUCAUUGCCGGCCUCAUGCUCUCAGGCGGCACAUACAGCGAGAGAACACUGCACCAGGUGGAGCCGGUGCGCAACAUGUUUGCGGCGCUCUUCCUGGCGUCCAUAGGCAUGGUGAUGCACCCCAUGUUCCUCUGGCAGCACAAGGACAUCUUGCUCCUCGCGCUUGCGGUUGUUUUCCUGGGGAAGACGCUGCUCGUUGCUCUCGUGGGAGAUGUGGGGAAGCUUGCAUUGCGGGGUAACGGCAAACCUCCCUAUGGUAACGGCAAACCUCCCUAUGGUAACGGCAAACCUCUAACAGCCCACGCCCGCCCUAUCUCCCCUCCCCAUGGUCCCUGCCACUUGCUUUCUCUUCUGUAUGUCCGGGACCGUGGAUACAGUGCUGACACAGCAGUAGCCGUGGGCAUAGGGCUCGGCACAGCAGCAGCGGUGGGAAUAGCCCUGGCGCAGAUAGGAGAAUUCUCCUUCGUCCUCCUCUCGCGAGCGCAAACGCUGAAGCUGGUGGGGCACAAGCUGUACCUGCUGCUCAUGGGCACCACGGCGCUCUCCCUCGUGCUCACGCCCUUCGCCUUCAAGCUCGUGCCGCGCCUCGCCGCCAUUGGCGCCCACCAGGACCGCGCUCGCCUCAUGCUCAAGAACAAGAGGGCAGUGUGGAGAAUCGAGGAGGCUCGGGAGCAGGUCCGGGAGGUGGCUUGGCUGGAGCAGGUUCAGGAUCUGGCUCCAUGGUUGCAUCAGGCUCAGCAAGCGCAGGAUUGA